CAGACUGGUUUGGAUGUGUCUGUGGUUGGAUUCCUUCUUCACGCUGGGACUGGUAAACUGAAGGCAUUAUGAAAGCUUCUGUUGGAGUGUGUGUGGUGUUUGUUCUGGCUCUGGUGGGGCUUGGCUCUGCCAUUAAAUGUUACAGUUGUAGAGACUACACGGGCACAUGCUCUAAAAUUCGAGACUGCUACUAUGAUGAUGCCUGUGUGACCGUCUAUGAGAGAGGUGGUGACACAUACAGGCAGUGCAUAAAGUACUCUGAGUGUGAGCACAGCACACUCGCCGAGAAGUUUCCCAAAGUUUCCAGCUUCAAGUUCUCCUGCUGUGCCACUGACCUGUGUAACACAGCACCUGUGUCCGUGUCCAGCCGCUCUGUGGUGGCAAUACUGGUCUCACUAGCACUCUUCUGGUGGGGUGUUCUCUAAAAUACUUCGGCAUUGUUCCUCGUAAAGCUGGUAGUGUUAUCUUGCAGUGAGAAUGCAGAGAUCUUCUAUAUCUUGAGUUAAUUGGUCAAAGAAGCAUUCACAUCUUAAAUCUCAGCUGUAUGUUAAAACUGUGUGUGCUCUCUGCUAAAGCUUCUAUUUUUUAGUCUUGCACUUAAUAGUGAAAGGGAAACCAUCUGACUAUAAUGUAUUGUAUUCAGUGUUGCUUUGUGUAUGUGUACUAUUUUCGCGGCUAAUCCUGUUUCCCAGAAAAGUGGUACAACUGCACGUGCAGUGGCGUGCACAAGAGGGGUGGGGCCCCAUUGAGGUCUGACGCUAAAGUGCCAUUGCGGUCCGGUCUGCGAUUUCUGUCGAGGAUAGGGGUGUGCGAUAUGAAGAUUUUUUA